AUGAGUGAUCCCAUGUGCUGUUGUAUCUAUCCUCAUUCACCCGUCAACACGUCACCACAUCAUAAACAGCUCCUUUGGGCAUUCUUUAUUUAUCUUGAAGCUGUUUCAGUUCUUCCUCAAUUAAAAGUCAUGCAGAACACCAAGAUUAUGGAACCAUUCACAGCACAUUACUUAUUUGCUUUGGAAAUCCCUCGGUUCUUGAGUUGUGCACACUGGAUCCUUCAGGUUCUUGAGGUGUUGGAUUCGAGAGGACGGUUACUGACUGCAUUAGGAUAUGGACUAUGGCCUUUAAUGGUCCUCUCUGAAAUCAUCCAAACCUCAACUCUUGCAGAUUUCUGCUAUUAUUAUGUUCAGAGUUUAAUGGGUGGGCAGCUCGUUCUUCGUCUCCCAUCAGGCGUGGUGUAA